AUGGAACACAGGGCUUUGGUACACGAUAAGGUCAGGAUCAGCGUGGACGAGUACAGUUCGAACCCCACUCAGGCCUUCACCCACUACAACAUCAACCAGAGUCGCUUCCAACCUCCGCACGUACACAUGGUGGACCCUGUACCCUACGACAGCCCAAAACCGAGCGGUCACACUCGCUUUGUGUGUGUAUCAGACACACACUCUCGGACGGACGGGAUUCAGAUGCCGUACGGAGACGUGCUGUUACACGCCGGAGAUUUUACCGAACUUGGCCUCCCGUCUGAGGUCAAAAAGUUCAACGACUGGUUAGGUUCUUUACCGUAUGAGUGUAAGGUGGUGAUAGCGGGGAAUCAUGAGCUCACCUUCGAUAAGGAUUUUAUGGCCGACCUGGUGAAACAGGAUUAUUAUCGAUUCCCGUCCGUCUCCAAACUCAAACCGGAGGAUUUCGAUAACGUGCAGUCGCUCCUGACCAACUGUGUUUACCUUCAGGACUCGGAUGUUACCGUUAAAGGCUUCCGGAUAUACGGGACGCCCUGGACCCCCUGGUUUAAUGGAUGGGGGUUUAAUCUCCCCCGUGGACAGUCUCUGCUGGAUAAGUGGAAUUUGAUCCCAGAGGGCAUCGACAUCCUAAUGACCCAUGGCCCGCCCCUCGGAUUUCGUGAUUGGGUUCCUAAGGAUCUGCAGCGUAUCGGAUGUGUUGAGUUACUGAACACCAUACAGCAACGAGUGCGACCAAAGCUCCACGUGUUCGGCGGGAUACAUGAAGGUUAUGGGAUUAUGACAGACGGCUACACCACGUUUAUAAAUGCUUCCACCUGCACCGUCAACUUCCAACCAACCAACCCACCUAUCAUCUUCGACCUGCCCAACCCCUCUACCUGA